AUGUGGCAGAUUAUCAACUCCAAAUGGUCGGUUGCCAUAUCUUUAAUAAUUGCCAUCGAGCAGACGCUUUUCCACAUGAAGUCUCAUGCCUUCAUUCGCACCAGCCUUGACAUAAUCCUUGACCACGCCGAAGGAGAUCAACAAGAUAAAAUUGGCGAAAUUGAAGUGGCAGGCCAACUCGAUUCGUGCAAGCCAGACAGGCGGAAACAAGCCACAAAGUCUGACCGGCCAGCAGAUUAUGUAAAGGAGGCUGCUAAAAAUGUCAUCGGCGAGAACUUACGAGUUUCGACCCCGCAUCGGUCCUAUCAACACCCUGUGACUCAAGGGUACUCGUGGCAGUGUAGCCGAGUGGUUAGCGUGUCAAGCUACCGACCGGCACUGCCGCGGUUCGACUCCCGCUGA